ACGAUUUCAUUGCCGUCGUUCCGUGUGAGGCAAAGGGGAUCCGUCACUCCGAACCACGUGCUGUGGUAAUUGAGAUCGGGCUGAUAAAUAAUAGAGGAGAGUAUGUGCUGCACCUCCUGUGCCGUCGUGAUGGCACCAAUCGCUCGGCUCUGUAAGGAAUCAUUGGCACACAAGAACGUUGUGUCCACCAGGCUCUGUUCCACCUCUCGGUCUAGCUGCAACGUGCCAUGGUCACACGAGAUCUGCAGCAACAAAAUAUCACAAAACGAAUGGUGAUGUAGAGCGAUAGUACAGUGCUAAAUCAGCCGUCGUACCAAGAGCUGGUAGAAGGUCUGACUCCACGUCGCUGCUCGAUCAGUUCUGAGCGGAACUCCUGGGGACAUCUCCAGCUGGACAGGCGUCAACUUGUGGAUCUCGUCCUCCUGAAUCUCAUCCAGCGACUCCUCCUACGACAGCAAAACAGUACGAUAAGUCUCACAUUUGUCCGUCCUCCGUUAUAAGUCCAAGUGCUCACCGUCGUAAAUCGUAGCUGGGCAGCGCCAUUGCCACUCGACGACAACCAAGUCCAGACUGCUAGCAACAAGGCGAUCUUCAUCGCCCUAACAAAUGGGUUCACCAAGGAUCUGGUCUCAAGUGGCACGACAUACACUCUCGAUGUGUAUUUUUAGCAGUCGCUAUAUUGCAGUUAUGAACCUUUGAAGUCAGGUGAAGAUGUUAGGAGGCAGUAGAAAGAGGAGGCUGGCACAUGUCUUCGUCUUGCUCGCAGUGCUGCAGUUAAACUCGGUGGCGGCAAAUGGCGAAGGGGUCGGGGACGGCGAUGCGGAACUCAGCAGCGAGGACAUUGUGUUGCAGGUGAGCGCUCUGGUGCUUCUGCUGGCGCUCUCAGCCAUGUUUGCCGGACUGGGGCUUGGCCUCAUGUCACUAGACCUCAUCGGUCUGGAGAUCGUCGUGGCUGCGGGCGAGGAUGAACACGCCACAGAGACGGAACGAGUGAAUAGCGAGGCUGCCAAAAAGGUCAUUCCGCUGCGCCGCAAGGGCAAUUUGCUACUCACGACUCUACUGCUGGGAAACGUUUCCGUGAACGUACUUACGUCCAUCAUUACCGCCGACCUCACCAGCGGGCUGUUGGGAUUUAUUGCAUCGACGAUCCUCAUCUUGAUCUUCGGGGAGAUUGUCCCGCAGGCCCUUUGCUCUAGAUACGCUCUAGUGAUCGGUGGCAAGGUGGUCCCGUUCGUACGCGUCUUGAUCGCUCUCUUCUACAUUUUUGCAAAGCCUAUAAGUUUGGCACUAGAUGCUACUUUGGGAGAAGAUAUUGGCACAGUUUUUACGAGGAGACAGCUGGCAGAGAUCAUCGAUAUCCACGAGAAGCAGCAGAUGAUCGACAAGGAGGAAAGCAGCAUCAUUCGGGGUGCAAUGACUUUCGGAACCAAGACUGUGCGAAGUGUCAUGACCCCCGUUGAUCAAGUCUUCAUGGCCCCGAUGUCUGCCGUCCUGGAUCGGGUGCUCAUUCACAAUAUUCUCGCGAGCGGCUUCUCGCGUAUACUCGUUCACGGCACUUCCGUGAACGACAUCGUUGGGACCAUCCACGUCAAAGACCUCAUCUUCGUGGAUCCAAAGGUGCGUGAUUGCCUAGACCUCUGGUGCUGAUCAAGUACUCAUGCAGGGGUUGUGUUCGCAGGAAAACACUCCCUUGUCAAGCUUCUUCAAGAUUUUCGGUCGAACGACGCGUUCUGUACACCCUGACUGCAGACUGAGCGCACUUCUUCGGGCCUUUAAAUCUGAAAGCGCGCAUCUAGUUUUGGUGAAGCAACCGCAGACAACCUAUGCGGUAAGAGUAUCUUACAAGGUUGUCAAAGUGGUAGACUCCUAACUCACCAAUCUCCACGGUGUUUGUACCACAUACCAGAGCGGAGAUAUGCACACGCUACUUGGUAUCGUGACGUUAGAGGACGUACUCGAGGAGAUUUUGCAGGCUGAGAUCCUGGACGAAGGUGAUCUCGCUGUCCACCGCAGCCACCACCACUCGGAGCGUAAGCAGUUCCUGUUGCGUCAGUUCGACGAGGGCGGACGACUGGGCCUCGACGCCUUGUGCCAGGCUGACGACCCGUCCGAAGAUGAACUUGCUGCUGGACUUAUCCAGGAGCCACAGCACGUUGAGUUAUCUGAGAGUUCAUCUUAACCCUUAAUUGAAUACUUCAGACAAUCACUUCAACUUGAUUUUGUAGGUAGAUCUACAACAUAUGGUAUCUGUAUGUAGGAUUUUCUAUGGUUGCCAGCA